AUGGAGUUCUCGGCGAGGAAACGCAGCCGGAAAUCCCAGAGCUUCAAAGUGGUGAGCCGAGGAGAUGAUCACCAUGAGGUUUAUAAGAUCUCAGAAUUCAGCCACGAUGUUAAUGGGCAGGCCAAAGAGACACAACCCAUUUUUAUAGAAGAUGAAAGCAUGGAAAUUAAAAAGCAAGUUACAGGAAUGAGAAGGUUACUGAAUGACAGUGCUGGGAGAAGAUACCAGCGAGUUGGCAAGGAAGGAGAGAAACUCAAAGAAGAGCCCCAAGAUCCGGAGUCCGUCUGGCCGCUGCGUUUGAACAACUCUGUGGAGACCUCACCGACUCUCCACCCGCCCUCCCGGGGGGCCUGGAAUGAGCUGCCACCCCACAGCGGGCAGUUCUCAGAGCAAUAUGGCACCCGUUCUAGAACCUUCCAGACCCAGUCUCACUCCGCUGGAAGCCCCAACGGAGAACUUCCAGUGGGGAAUUUGUCAGUGGGGUCCAAUUGCUGUACUUGCAACUGCCAGUCCACCUUGCAAGCCAUUCUCCAGGAGCUCAGGACCAUGCGGAAGCUGAUACAGAUACAAGCAGCUGGUGCCCAAAACAGACAACAGCCCCCAAUUUCCUUUAUGUGCUCCCAGAGAACGGCUGUCGCCCGCAAGAGAAAUAAAAAGAAAAAGGUCCCGCCAAAGACUGCUGAGCCUCCGGCUGUAAACCCAAAGCCUAGCGUGCUGGAGCCAGAGAAGAAAGCGGAUUUUCCCAAACCUGCUGGGCUCCCCGCCAUGGCUGCCCAGCCCAGCCCCACAGAGGAGAAGCACCUCCUGGGCUUUGGCAUUGUCCUCGAAUCUCCUGCCUCCGAUCCAGAAGUGCAACUUGCUGAAGGCUUUGAUGUGUUCAUGCCUAAAUCCCAGCUGGACUCUAUAUUGUCAAACUACACUCGCUCAGGAAGCCUUCUGUUUAGAAAACUGGUGUGUGCAUUUUUUGACGAUAAGACUUUGGCUAACUCCUUACCCAAUGGGAAGAGGAAAAGAGGACUCAAUGACAACCGGAAAGGCCUAGACCAGAAUAUUGUGGGUGCAAUCAAAGUCUUCACAGAAAAAUACUGUACGGCUAAUCAUGUGGAUAAACUUCCCGGCCCACGAGACUGGGUCCAGAUUCUGCAAGACCAGAUUAAACUGGCCAGAAGAAGGUUAAAAAGAGGCUCAGCAGAAGUAGCUGACAGUGAUGAAAGACUGGACAGCAUUUCUCUACCACCAACAGGUACCAUGUUUGAUCCCAAAAGAGAAAACACGGAAGACACAGUGCCAGAUUUCACAGCCUGACUCUCAUUCAGCGACACUACUCCUCAGAAUAUUUAACUCUCCUCCUUGAAUUUCCUCAGAGAUCCACAUAGCACUGUCGGCCUUCCUGCAAAGUGUGGGUGUUCUGUGAAAUUUGCCCGUCUUGUUGGAAUCUUUUUCAUAUACUUCCUUUGUAAUGUGAUCAUUGAGUCUCUCUAAUUGGGUUAUAAGAUAUUUUUAAUCAUUUUUUU